AUGGCCUACAAAUUCGGACUCAUCCUCGCCGCUCUCGCCGCCACACCGGCGCUCGCACUCCCAGCCGGGCUUCCUCAGCCCCCCAAUCCCGAAGACUGGACCCUCCUCAACUUCCGACGCAACUGCGCAGAAGACCAGAGCAGAUGUAGCUACAGCUUCCUCGUCUCCGAAGAGGCGACAAAGGUACCAAAGUACUGCAACUUUGACAUUGACGCCGCCGGCGGUCUCCCCGCGUACCAGACCGACUUCUCGUCCCUGACGUGCCCCGGCGUGCCAGAGUACAGCAUCAACGGCGGCUGGGACGAGCGCGAGUUCAUCACCCUGACGGUCAUUAACGACGAGAGGAAGCUCCUGUCCUUCUUCGCCUACAGGGACGUCGACCUCUGGGCCGGCGAUGGUGCCGCGCCGCAGCAGUCUACGGUGUAUAUCUACCCGAUGCCGGCGGUUAAGCGGGAGGUUGAGACUAGGGAUGAGGAGAAUAGUCUUCCAUACGCCUCUGAGUGGAAGAUCAAGGACCUCGUUAGAUACGAGUUCAACCGGGGAGCCCCUUACACCGACGCACUCAUCAUAAGGUUCGGUAUCCAGGCCCUCGGAACUCCAAUCGAACAGUGCCUCCUCAUCAUUCCCCUGUUCGAAGGUACCAGGCCGCUGGGCAAGAGCUUCUACGACGCACCCUGCGACUACGGCGGAUGGACGGCUUCCUGGGGCCACAACGAGACCACAGACGAGGCGGUCUUGUCCCUAAUGAAUGCAAACCAUGACAGGAUUGCCUACUUUGGGUACAACGGUGUCAGCACCAAUGUCGUUCUUGGCAACAACGGUCCUAGACCUGUCUCACAGCUUUGA